AUGGCUGACAAUGAGGCAGCAAGUCGACAUCAGAUGGGCCUAUGGUCAUGUAUGAGCUACGUUAUUGCAAAUAUUGUUGGAGCUGGUAUUUUUAUAACGCCGGGACCAAUUUUAUCUUACUCACAAUCGAAUGGUCUCGCAUUAAUCGUCUGGAUCGGUUGCGGUUUGAUCUCUCUCAUUGGCGGUAUUGUCUACAUUGAGCUUGGAACUUCGAUUCUUGAACCUGGAUGCGAUUUUGCUUAUAAUGUGUUUGUUGGAUGGGAAGCGAUUGCAUUUUCAUUCAUGUGGGUUGGAGUGGUUAUGUCAUUUCCAGCUUCUGCCGCGGUACAAGCUCAAACUUUUGGACAAUACGUAGUAGCUGGAUUAGACCCGGUCAUUCAGUUUGAGGAUCCUUGGAAGGAAGUAACGGAAAGAGGACUCGGAUUCGCGCUUAUCAUCUUACUCACUGUUUUGAAUCUCUACGCCAUCGACAAAUACGCGUCCCGAUUCCAAGUUGCGGUCACGAUUGCAAAACUGUUAUCAUUGGCUUUAAUUAUUGUGACUGGUUUUUAUUAUCUGAUUGUUAAAGGUUGGACCCAGAAUCUUGUCCAUCCGUUUGCCGGCAGCACUACGGAUCCCGGCUCGAUCUCAUUGGCCUUCUACGGAGCACUUUGGAGUUUCGCUGGAUGGGAUAUUUUGAAUUAUGGGACACCGGAAAUUCGAAAACCGCGCAGGACCAUGCCAAUCGCGCUCAUCGGUGGAAUUGCGGCUGUCACGACUCUCUACGUUGCCAUCAAUGUUUCGUAUAUGGUGAUUCUGCCGAAGGACAGAAUCAUGAACAGCACAGCGGUGGCGGCGGAGUUCGCGCAAGCAACUUUGGGCAAUUUCUCCUACGCAAUUCCAUUUAUGAUCGCCAUUCUUUUGAUCGGCACUCUCAACAGCAACAUUUUCUGCGGAUCGAGAUUCACUCAUGCGGCUGCUAGAGAAGGCCACCUGCCAACAUUUUUGAGUUGCAUCAACGAAGAUUCCAAUAGUCCAAGAGCGGCUCUCCUAUUCCAGCUGAUCUGCACCAUUGCGGUGACAUUUAUCAAUACGAAUGAUCUCAUCAAUUAUGUCGCAUUCGUGAUGUUUGGGCAGAGAAUCGUCACAAUGGCGGCACUUUUGUGGAUUCGAAUUCGAAAAAUGGAAGUUGAUCAAGGCGCGAUUCAAGUCCCAAUCAUCUUCUCGAUCCUCUUUUUAGUUAUUACGAUUGCACUUGUCAUUAUUCCUUUCGUCACUGAGACAAAGGAAACAUUGGUUGGCAUGGUCCUUGUUAUUUUCGGGUUGAUUCUGUACCUCGUAUUCAUGAAACCGAAGAAAAUGCCGGAGAUUUUAAUGAAAUUUAAUGAUAGUAUGACUCGAAUUACAUGCAAAUUAUUGUACUCGGUUCCCGAUUUGAAGCAUAUCGAAGAGAAAGUCGCUAUUAGUCCCAGAUAUACAGAUGAAUCCGUUCUUCGCGAAGACGAACGACAAACCCUUGAAACCGGCAACGAUGCCAUCGAAGCCACUCGUUUAUAA